AUGUUUGAAGAGCGUUGUUACCAGAAGUUUCCCUCGCCACUUGUCUGGUGGGCUGCAGAGAACUAUUGUCAAGCUCUUGGUGGUCAUCUGGCGGCUGUCAACACACUAGAGGAAAACGACUUCCUCCGAGACAACAUUGGAAACGGAUGGAUAGGGAUGAAACUCGUGUGCGACGAUUGUAUGGCCAGGAAGACAGCCUGUGGGAAUAUACGAUGCGGCAUCCCUGACCAAUACCGCUGUGGGCUGAUCUACUCUCCCGGAUACCCGACUGCCUUCCCUUCUUCAGUGAUCUGCCUGUGGACCAUCGAGGGUGCUCCCGGAAGCUUCAUAACUCUUCUGCUGCUAGAUGUAGAUCUGCCCGGAUACUCGGGAGGUGCCUGCACCAGCCGUGUGCUGCAGGUCAGGGAUAGGUUCCUGACGGUAGGAUGGAACACGAUCCACGGGCUGUGUCGCGGCGAGGGCGAACAGAAGCGUUACGUGUCGAGCUCCAACGAAAUGCAGUUGGCCAUGUUGGCGACGAGCAGCAAUUCUGAUUUUGGCGACAGUCGCGGGUUUAUGGCUACGUUCAAUGUCAGUACGUUCAGCACUAGCCGACAAGUGCAGAACCUACCUGAUGAUGCAGGUAAUUUCUACACGUUAUUUCUAUUUUAUUUUACUUGA